CUCAGCAUAUUUUUGGACUGUGGGAGGAAGCCGGAGUGCCCGGAGAAAACCCACGCAUGCUCAGGGAGAACAUGCAAACUCCAUGCAGAAAGAUCCCAGGCCCACCCCGGGAUUUGAACAGGGGAUCUUCUUGCUGCAAGGCGAAAGUGCCAACCACUACUGCACUGUGCAGCCCCUUUUGGAGAAAAUUGCGUAUUAUAAAUUUUGACCACUCUGGGAUUCCGUAGAGAGGUGGAGUAGUCACUUGAUCAUGGCUGCGAUAGCGGAGUUCCUGGAACAAACAAAACUAAUGACAGCUGAGCAGCGGAGGGGAGCUUUCGCCACCUGUCACCUGCUUUGACGAGUUGAAAUGUUAUUUUGAGGACAUGAACAACAACAUGGAAAACCCAGAGACGCUGCUGUUUUCAGUUGAUCGGCGUCCUUUCCAAGAGCAGACUCCGUCAACUGCCAGUGUGAUCUGAGUCGUGGAAAACGCUGAUGUGAGCAACCACUAAAGAUGGAGGCAGUAAGACCAAAGAAGACCAAGUCAAAAAGCAGCGGAAAAUCUCAGCAGGUCAGGAAGCAGAAGCAGGCAGAGGAAGACAAAAGAGCCACAGCUCCCUCAGCUGUCUGUGAUGAGGCCUCCACUUCUGGCUUCACUGACAUUCCCCUCAGUCUGCCAUUUCAGGAGCCAGAGGAGGAGCAGCAGGACUCUAUCCAAACCCUUGAGAUCACCGCACAGCCAUCAGACCAGCCCUCUCAGAAGCAACAAACCUCCUCAUCACAGACUUUAUCCACAUCAGUGUUAACUCAGCCUGUACAGUCAAAUGUGAAUUUGCCAACGGAGACAUCACAAGUCACGGUACAUCUGACGGAGUCCAAAAGAGAGGAUGAAAAGGAAGGCGGACUGGAAGCUCAGGGGGCUGAGCUUAAAGAUGUGCCACAAACCACUGGGUUAGGAACAGGCACGCAGUCAUGGACUCAGCCUUGUCUUUCAACUCAGUUUGAAGUCCAAAAUGUCCCGACUGCCCCUGCACUGUACCCGUCUCUCCCUACUUUGGAAGAGGGUCCUGUGAUGGAGCUCUGUGAUGAAGCUGUAAAAAACUGUGCGAAGGAACCUGCAGUGUUGGCACUUCCUGAGCAGGAGUCGUCCCCUCCGAGUUUGCAUCCUGUAGAGUUCGUAGCUGAACUUUCAAGGAGCAAACUUUACCCAGAAUUACCCAAGACAGCUCCAGAGAUGCAGCCUUUCACACUAGAGCAGCUGACUGUCUGGGAGCCAGGCGGUGGGUUGCGAGCAUGGCUGGAGGGUGUUGAGGUGUGUGCCGCCCAGUUCUGUGCUCUCGCCCGACAGGAGAACCACGAGCUGACUGAACUGCUGCAGAACUACUGGCGCUGCCGCAGACAGCUGACCCAGUCGCACACACAGCUGCACACACAGUCCUCUGACUGCAAGAGCACACAGAAUCGUCUCUGGAGCUUCAGAGAUGAACAGCUCACACUUCAGGGUGUGUGUGCAGACCAGUCGAAGGUCUGUGGAUACCAUCGCUUCCAGCAGGCAGAUUUUAGUCAGAGUGUGCUUGCUGAGCUGAGGAGACUGUUUGAAGCUUGCAGUGAGCUGCUGCAUCAGAAGGUGGUGCUGCAUGCAUAUACGGCUCUGCUGUCACGCCUACAGGUGGAGUCGUACUUGUAUCGUCUACUGAAAGAUUGCUCAGGCAGCAAAACACAGCCUUGUUCUCUCCAACCCCUGAAAGAGGCCAUCAGUGUCCUUUUUAGCUUCACACGUAGAGUCCUUGAUGACACACAGUUCCAGACAGACAUCCAUCACUGGCUGGACAGAUUGGUUGCUGUCCUGUUGCGUGUUGGAGGAUCAGGAGAGCAUCUUUACCUGCUGUGUCAUCUUCUGUGCUGUCCUGCUGGGGUGGGAAAGUGGGCUGCACCCUUCCUUCAGAUUCAACUUUGGGGGAACACCUGUGGAGUGCAGCAAUUUAUGCAAGCUCUUGCCAUCCUAAUGUCGCCUGCCAGGCACCGUAUGGAGUUUCUGGGUCAUAUGAAGCCAUGUGAGAGUCAGAGCUCAACAAAUUCUGGGCCGGAGUCUGGCAACUGGACUCUUGUGGAUGAAGGUGGAGAGGAGGAUGAGGAUCCAGAGAGCAGCUGGUUGCUGCUCUGUGAGGAGGAUCUGAUCUCACUGCUCACCCAGUUCCCCUUCCAGCAUCUCUACUCACACAUGCUUGGGAUGAGCAAGCAGGGUGUGUAUGAGCCCCAGGCCUGUUCCAGUCAGAAGAUGAUGCGAGUGUUUGCUUUUGCUUCCUCACUCAUUGAAAUUCUGGCUCUUGGCCUACAAACCUAUAACAGAGCCCGGUACAGACAGUUAGUCAAACGAAUAGGACACAUCAUACGAAUGACAGUGUGCUACGUCAGUGACCACUGGGCCCAGUAUGUGAGUGUGACUGAUGCAGGUGGAUCCAGCUCUCACUCUUUGUCUUUGGACAAACUACAGCUGGAAUACGAUCAUGUGUUUCUCAGAGCUGUUUUGCAUGUGCUCAGAAACAAAAGGUUGGGCAUUUGGUUGUUUAUGUCUGAGAUGCCAUAUGGGACUUUGUCCAGCUCUAUGCUGUGGAAGGUCCUUUAUGUUAUGCAGCGCGCAGAGACAGCGGGACUAGAAACACUCAGCACUAGUGACACAAACUCCUGCAUUCAGGCUCUUAGAGACCCAAAGCACCAGGAGGGAUUUGAACAGUGGCUGUGUGAGGUGAACAGCUCUGAUGGCAUCUCCCUCCUCACUGCACUAGCACACAUGGCUACGCCUACUCAGCACUCGGACCCGGCAUUCAUCACUACCAUAACUCUGCUGAUUUACCAGGUGUCUUAUGUGAGCAUGUCAACCAGAGAAACUUACUCAAAGGUGGGGAGGGAGUUGCUGGCUGCCAUAGCAACAGCCCAUCCCUAUGUUAUCUCUGUGCUCCUGGAGAGACUGAGAGAGACCAUACAGACUGUAGGAAUGGUGGCGCUGUACUUGUGUAAAGAGCUGCCUCUGAGUCUGUGGCAGCCACGGCCAGAAGAAAUAUGUGUGAUUGGGGCCUGGUUGCUCCAGCAUCCUCUCUCUGCUGUGGAGAACCGGUUGGCCUGUGUCAUCCUGGAGGGUCUGAACUGGGGCUACACACAGGAUGGCUCUUUGGCCCUGCCUUCGUUUCUUCACAGUGAGGUUGCUCUGCUGGUGGCUGAAGCCUAUCAGAAGUACCUCACAGACAAACCGUACAGUGGCCUCAUAUCCGAGGGAAUCAAACAGGUGUCUUACCUCGCCAGUGUCCUUCGUUUGGGUGUAUCUCCUGAAGCAUCCUUUAGCCAAUGGGCAUGGCAACUGUUGCUAAGGCUAAAGCUCCAUGGAAAUGCACAGAACGCUAAAGGAGCCUGGGCAGUUCCUGCUUUGGCAUCAAACCCACCUCCAGAGCUUACACACUCUCCUAGUAUGCACUCUGUUCUGAGAGCUGUAAAAGCAGGCAUCCCUAUUGGUUGCUACCUGUCCAUUGCCAUGACAACAGUGGGACAUAGUCUGGAACACUUCUGUACUGAUGGAGUUGGGUUGUUGAAAAGUUUAAUUCAAUCUCGCCACCUGAGAGCCGCUGUACAUCUGCUGGAUAACAUCCUACCCCCAACCUAUCCUCUCAGUUACUACCUGCUCAACAACGCUCAGUUUGUGAGUUGUAUCCAGUUGUUCUUGCAGUACGACAGCGUUUGUCCUCAAGGUGUGACACAGCAAGUCACGCACCGAGUAGCACCCCUCCUCACUGGAACCACCUAUGGAGAUAAUGUCCGCCUGCUGAACAGUGUCAUCCAAAGUCAUGUGGUGGAAAGUGCACAGCCCGGUCGUGUCGGAGCUGCUGCAGUGCUGGAGUUUUGGGUGGGAAUUCUGACUCAGCAAAACUUGUGGUACCGAGACAAAACAGUUCUAUUCCUCAUGGAUCAGAUCUGCUGUGCCGCCUUCACUCAUCACCAGGAGGAUUGUGUGCAGAAACUCUUGUACCAACAGCAUAAGAAUGCAUUGGGUUACCAUGGCGAUCGGGGUCUACUCUCCUCUCUGGUUGGCUGGAUUGCUGGUAAUGCCACACCCUCCUUCAUAGAGGGCCAAUCCUUGAGUGCAGAGGUUUGGUUUGCCUGGUUGGUGCUGAAUAUGGAGGGUGUGUUUGAGGAGGAUUCACAGCUGAGACGCUGUGUUGAGCACGAGCUCCUGUCAGAACCCAACAUCUUCCCAGAGCAAGCCCUAAAGAAGGUGCAGCAGAGGCUGAAGUUGCCAGUAGCACCAUCUCUGCAGCGGCUACAAGUGUACCGUUGGGCGUGUCAGGCUGUAGCCACACCGCCUGACCACCCUCUCCUUCCCCUCAUCUGGCAGAAGUUCCUACAGCUCUACCUGAGACAGCCUGGUCCUGAGUAUGGGCUGGCUGCAGGCGGAUGCAUCGGCCGCAGGUUCUUCCAGGCCUCUUCUCACGCUGCUUUACUCAGAGAUCUGAGGCAGAGAAUACAAGAGGUGUCUGACUUCCACCACGCUGCCAGCCAGGCCCUCAGGGUGCCGCCACCACACACACCCUCAUCAGACACCCAGAGCGAUGAAAGCCCCAAUAAUCCCCAACCGCCUUACCUCACCUCUCCUCAGCUACAUACAGAGCUGGUCAGGUUGUUUGGUGUAUUUGCUGUGUGGCUAGAUGAUGAGACUCUGCAGAAGCAGGAAGUGUACGUUCCCUCUCUUCCACCAGAGUAUGACCCACACAGACUGGCACAAGUCAUGCAGCGGCAACAGGAACUGUGGCUUGAGUACAUGGACCAGGAGCGUUUGCAGUAUGAUGAGAGGGAGGUUUUGGCUCUUUGGGAGAAAGUACAGAGUGAACCAACUUUCCUGCAGACCCAAAACCCUGGUUUGGCUGACUACACCAGCCUCAACAAUGCAAGGGAGCGUAUCAUGUCCAACCUGCAGAAACAUCCGGUUCCUCAAUCGCCUCCUGAGCUGCAGCAGCACAAAGCUCCAGUGCCUGAGGUCCCUACCGCCUGCCUCACUGAUUGCAAAGCUGCUGCUGAACUGUUACAGCAAGACCUCAGCAUUUUGCAAGACCAAGCCAGGAUUGCAGUGGCACGUGAGGCACAGCAGGUGGCGAUGGAGCAGGAGCUGCUUGAGAGCCUCCCUGUACUUUUUAAGAAUCGGCCAGAGCAGGUCAGCAUGGCCCUGGAGUGUAAAGGGAAAGGAGGGCAGCCCUGUCAGGGACCCGCAAACAUCACCGUCACAUGUGAGCGUGUCCAGAGGCAGGAGUCUGUGCAGACUCAGAUAACAUCGCUGCGAAGAGACAUCAAGAAGCUUCAAACGGACGCUAUGGCUCCUCCACCACAAAUCCUGGCCCAGGCUGCUGUCCACACUGAGAACUUUAUCACGACUCUUGUGAAUAUGCACAAAGCACAGAAAUCUCUGGCGGUGCAGCAAGUUGGUGUGUCAGCCUUUUACACGGUGGUCUCCUUUGUGUGUGAGGACACACUGCGACACCCCCCAACACGGCAGUACCUCUCAUCAUGUGUGGAAAUACUGGGACAGGUGUUUAUUCAGGGAAAUGCAGAAGAAUGUGGUCAUGUCCUGAAGACCAUCCUGGAGCAGAGGCGUCUUUGCCCUCUCAUCUCCCCCUUCUUCACUCCCAACGCUGCUCCCAAUCAGCUCGUCUUCCUCUACCAAGAUGUGGUGACGUCCCUACACCUUGACAGUGCUGACGUCAUCUUUAUGCUGCUCACUAAGUUUGAUCUGUCCCAGUGGCUUCAUGAAGCUCAUCCUGUGUUUUCGGAGAGAACCCGCCUGCUGGAGUUGGUUCACGGAGCUCUCUGUGUCUGCGGCCGAGACCCUGAGCCUGAACUUCUCACACCGUUUCACCUUUUCACCAAACACUGGACCUGGCUUUUACGGCACCAUUUCCCCGACCAUUACAGUGACUGCCUGCGUCUGCUUAUGACCAGCUCAUCAAACCAGUUGCUGAGUCCAGAAUGCUGGAAAGUGACUCUUCGAGUGCUGGGCUGCUUACCUCCAUCCCGCAGCACCAAGAGCAAAGCUGAGCAACCCGCCGGCCCUGCUGAUGUGCCCGGCCGUGCUGUCGGACCCCCAGCAGCUCCCUACAGAUCCUCCAUCAGCCUCUCUCCUCAGCAGGUGGAUGAGACAGUCCACUGGUUGAGCGAUUAUUUCUUACGAAGUCGUCUGAGCAAGCCAGACCUCCGUAGCUUUGGCCUCUACUCUGCCUGGACCCCAUACAUCGCUGAUGUUGUUUCCUUCUGGGACCAUUUGAUUGGUUGUCUAAUCAAUGUGCAGCUCAGCAGCUGUGCCAGAGAGUCGGUGGGCAGCAGCAAAGUAAUGAAAGCUCUGCAGGACCUGCACAGUAAAAUUGUGAAGUUAUUUAAGGCGUGGGUCUUUCCUUUGGACUCUAGUGAGGGCGGCAAUGUCAAGUGUUACCCCUGGCUGGAGACGGAUGCGAGUGCUGCAGGAUGCCUGGUUAGUCUGUACACUCAGCUCACUGAGACACUCCAUCACAAAUUCAGAGAUCGCCUGCUCCCUGGUCAGAGAGGUGCUCUGUGGCUGUGUUUGAUGCAGUACUGUGAGAGCUGCACCUCGCCCCGUACACCCGAAUACCUGCUGUACUUGUACCACACACACCUCCGCAGCCUGCCCUGGAGACACCUACACCCUGACACUCAGCUCAUGCAGCAGCUCUUCAAUGUGGAGCGAGGAAGUCCCAAGAGCUGCUUCCUCUUUAUGGGAGAAGUGUUAUGUGAAGUCAACUGGGUUAGCGUCCUAAGUGACCACUUACAAACACCUCCAAGCUCUACAACGUACCCAACUCUACCAGACAUGGGUACGCCGAAGGAGUCACACACCAUGUUGGUCUAUCUGCUGUACAUGCUCGUUUUUCUGGCAAAGGAGGAACAGCUUCUGACUCAACAGGACUCCCCUCUGCUCAGUCUGCUGGUUCAGUCCACCUCUCUGCCCUGGCACCAGCUGGACCUGUCCUCAUACCAGAGCAUUCUGGGAUAUGUUAGCACCCACUACCCUUCAUCUUUGCUGCUCAGUGCUGAUUCUGCCCCUCAGCUGCUGCUGAAAUCUCUGCGCAGUGCUGCUGGGCUCCACCCCCGCCCCAAUGAAGAUCCACACCAGGAGGAGACGCUGAAAGCCGGAGCCUAUGUGUGCUGGUGUGUGCAGUCUCUGGUGACUCUGGAACAAGGAGGCAGCAUCACCCUCAACAGCCUUGAGGCUCAGCUGGAGACACUUCUGGAGAGCGUCAUCACAUUCAACCCACCAGAGGUGGGUUUGGAGCAGAGGCACAUGGCCUUCUGCAGUCUCUUCAGUGACGCUCUGGCUUUGCUCAACGGAGUGGGCGUCUCAACCGGCGAGGCGCUUGCUGCUCACGUCAUUACCUGGCUGGACAGGAAGGGCCGGGGCUUUCCUAUUCUGCCUCUCCUCACGGCCUGCUCCCGUUGUCUCGCCUCAGUGCGACACAUGACGCGCAUCAUGGAGGCGUGCAUUACAGCAUACUUCAACCACGCUGAGGAGGAGUCUGUAGGUUGGGGUCCUGUGUUGGCUUCACUGCAGGUCCCAGAACUCACAGUGGAUGACUUCCUCUCUGAGAGCCAAUCAGGAGGCAGCUUCCUGACGCUCUAUGCCUUCAUCCUGCAGCGCCUCAACAGUGAAUACACAGCAGCCAAUGAGAGGAGGACUCUGGCUCUAAUUAACACAUGGACCACUCAGGUCUUCCCCAGCGGUCCCGGUGAUGAAGCCAAGCUCUUCCUUUGGUGGCACAAAGCACUGAACCUCUCAGCGGAGCAGCUGCAGCCACAAGCAAGCCAGACUGAGGUGUCAGUCGUCGUCAUGGGUCUGAUGAGGUUGCAAACCAGGCUGCUUCAGCUGGGAGAAGAAAGACUGAAUUCUGGGCUGCUAGGAGCCAUAGGCUUUGGGAAGCGGUCUCCUGUUUCUAAUAGGUUCAGGGUGGUGGUGCGCAGUCUGGCAGCAUUCUUGUCCAUCCAGGUGCCAUCAGAGACUGAGCUUCGACUCCAACCCACCAGUGACUUGCAGCUCUCUGCAAAAGCACAGCAAACGUUGGGGAUGUUGGAGGCCAUGCCCAGCAAUAAGCAGUACGCUGAGUUGGAGGACUCUGUGAAUAAGGCUGUCCAGUUCAUCCGCUACCCAGGACACUGUCUCAAAGACGGACCCCGACUGCUGGCCCUUCUAGCCAACCUUCUAUACCCGGACCUCAGAUACCUGCACAUUAUCCGUUAACCAUGACUUGACCUGGCAGACGUUGGAGGCUACACUUCUGUGGCUCGUAGUUGCAAUAAACUUCUGUUCUGCGCAGACAUCUUACUGGAGCACAAAGGAUUCAAGUAGUAACACUGGUACUGAACUGCCUUUGUUAUAAAAUGAUCAGCAAGAGCUACAUGUCUUAUCAGUGAGGACUGUGUGUGACAGACACUGACAUGGUGCAUUUGCGAAGAGAUUACUUUUGACUGAUGAUGACAAUGAAGGAUCAUAAAAUCAGUCAGACGUAUAAGCAAUCUUAUGUGCUAAUCUCUGACUUGUUUUAGCACUUUACUUUCUUUCAUGUUUUUGCCUUGUUGCUCUUUGCAUAACUUGCCUGUUGGUUUUGAACACCAUCUGUUCGAUUCUUGAUUUAAGAGGUUGUUACAUAUAUUUAUUGAAGCAGAAUUCAUGAAUCAGAAUUCAGCGCUGGGCUUUCGGUGCGAGUUUCACGCCUGUGUGUGGAAUCUAACAGAAAAAAGAUGAAGGGUCCACAGAUUAUUUGGAGAAAGUUGAAGGACAGAUCUAAUAGGCCAAUAAGUUUAGUAGUACCUUCUCAAAAUGGGGCGGGGAUCAUACCAGGAAAGCUGGUGGGUCGGGGUCGUUGUGUGCUACAACUCUUUUGCUGUUGAUGCUUGCAUCUGGCUACAAUCUGAAAUCUGCCAAUCCUAGGUACUGUACACAUACAGAUGAAAUAAGUGAAUGCCUGUAGGAAAUGAUCAUGUUUAAUAACAGAAUAUUUGCCAGUAUUAUUUUCAUGUCCAGCCAGAAGUGCUUUCCUUGUUUCUGCCAAAGAGAUGUUAUUUUAAUCUGCUCAGCUACUUAAACCUUCUUGACCAUG